UGGAAAACAAAAAAUUUCGUAAACAGUACUAAAUUAAAAGAAUUUUGCGUUAUUUCCUUAUUUCUGCUUGAAAAAUUGCAAUAUCUUGCUGAAAAAUAGUGUUGUGAGGUAAAGAGUACAUCUGUUUUAUCUUUGCGCUAAAAGGCAGUGACCUUGAACAACUCGUUCGGCGGCCAGACCAUGCAAGAAAACAGACCGGAACUGUACGAAGAAGUCAAGCUGUACCGCCAUGCUCGGGAACGGGAGAAGUUCGACAACAUGGCUGAUCUGUUUGCCCUAGUUUCCACGCUGCAGAACCUAGAGAAGGCCUACAUUCGGGACUGCGUAACGCCCCAGGAGUACACGGCAGCUUGCUCCAAGCUACUGGUCCAAUACAAGGUAGCCUUCAAACUGGUCCAGGGCGACGAGUACCCGACGGUGGAAACAUUCGUCAAAAAGUUUCGUCUUGAUUGCCCGGCAGCGCUGGAACGUAUCCGAGAAGAUCGACCCAUCACCAUUCGGGACGACAAAGGAAAUACGAGCAAAUGCAUUGCCGAUAUCGUUUCUAUGUUCAUAACGCUGAUGGACAAGUUGCGGCUGGAGAUCCGUGCCAUGGACGAUUUACAACCGGAGUUGCGUGAUUUACUUGACACGAUGAACCGUCUUUCGUUGAUUCCGGAUAAUUUCGAGGGAAAAGAGAAGGUUUCGACCUGGUUGGCCACAUUGAACUCGAUGCAGGCCUCGGACGAACUUUCGGAAACCCAAGUGCGACAGUUGCUGUUUGAUUUGGAAUCUUCCUAUUCGGCGUUUAACAAUUUACUACAUUCGACCUAAGCCCAGGAAGUUUCGGAAUUGAUGUUCAAUUAAGUUAAGUUUUGAUGUAUGUUGGUCAAAGUCAGAGGUGGACACGGUGGGAUAAAGCAUGAUAACAUGGAAUUCCUGACUAUUUACAUAAAAAGAAGUAAAUAAAAGUAUGAUAUGUACUACGAAUAACGAUAAACUAUAUGCAAUAGU